AAAAUGACUGCAGUUGUCUCAAACCGCGAGGAGGACUCGAUGAACAACGAGCCCUCGUUGUCAGGGCGUGCGAUUAUUGGAUUAAUCUACCCGCCGCCGGAUAUUCGCACAAUCGUCGACAAAACCGCCCGUUUCGCUGCAAAAAAUGGAGUGGACUUUGAGAAUAAAAUCCGCGAAAAGGAGGCGAAAAACCCGAAAUUCAACUUUCUCUCCAUCACAGACCCAUACCAUGCCUACUACAAAAAGAUGGUCUACGAUUUCUCAGAAGGCCGAGUUGAGGCUCCGAAAGUACCGCAAGCAGUGAAAGAGCACGUGAAAAAGGCUGAAUUUGUGCCUUCAGCUCCACCGCCGGCCUACGAGUUCUCAGCGGAUCCAUCCACGAUUAACGCCUAUGAUUUAGAUUUGAUCCGACUCGUUGCUCUGUUCGUUGCACGAAAUGGCCGUCAAUUUCUGACUCAAUUGAUGACACGAGAAGCCAGAAAUUAUCAAUUCGACUUUUUGAAACCGGCUCAUUGCAACUUUACAUACUUCACAAAGCUCGUUGAUCAAUAUCAGAAGGUUCUGGUGCCCUCUACCAACGUAGUUGCCCAACUCCAAGACGAUGCUACCAACAAAAAACGUCUCAUAGAAGAUAUCAAUUAUCGUGUAUCCUGGGAAAAACAUCAAAAAGGUCUAAAAGAUCGCGAGGAGGCAGAAGCCGAGAAAGAGCGUCAAGCCUAUGCAUCAAUCGAUUGGCAUGACUUUGUAGUUGUUCAGACUGUAGAUUUCCAGCCAGGAGAUACUUCUCAGCUUCCACCACUAUGCACACCAAAGGACGUUGGAGCCCGUAUUCUUUUGGAAGCGAGAAAUGAAAUGCAAAAGGCGGCGGCUGAAAUGCAGGAAAUGGAUAUGGAAGAGAGUGAUUCCGAUGACGAAGAUGCCGUUCAAGCACCAGAAGCCCCUGCAUUCACUGCUCCGCUGCCACCUACAAAACAGAAAGACGUGAUUGUUCGAGAUUACGAUCCGAAGAGAAAUGUGACCCAAAAGCCAAAAGCUGUGGAGAACUGGAUCAUUUCACCGCUCACCGGAGAGCGUAUUCCAUCGGAUAAGCUCGCCGAGCACGUCAGAUACAAUACUGUCGAUUCACAGUAUAAAGAGGACAGAGAUCGUCAUAUUGGAGAAAGAAGCACGGAGGAGCCCGUAUUGGCUCUUGGAGCUGAUAUUUCUAGAAAUCUUGGCAAUUUCGCUGAACGUCGUACGGAUAUCUUCGGUGUCGGCGGAGAGCAGACUAUGAUCGGAAAGAAGCUCGGCGAAGAGGACAAUUCGCAACAAGGGCAGAACAAACUGAUUUGGGAUGGAACUGAAGAGACUCGGGAUAUGAUUACCCGAGCUGUACAGAAUAAAGUCACUUUGGACCAACAAAUCAACGAAAUCCACCGUCAACACGGAUUCGUUGCCGAUCCAUCAAAGGAAAAGAUUGGAGCUCAGCAGGUGCCACGUCAUCAAUCGACCCAGGGAAAUGUGACAAUUACUCAAGGAAUAACGAAUAUUCCUGGACAAAUGCCAUCCGGAUGGCCGCCGGUUCCACCAAUGGGAAUGCCUGGGAUGCCGAAUCAAGCGCUUCCUCCAAUCCGACAAAUGGACUUUGGCGGUGGACCUCCAGCGAAGCGUCCUCGUACCGAAGAUGAUUUGAUACCAGAAGCUGAUUGGCUUAAAAAGGUCAACGGAGCAAUUUCGCUUAAUGUUCAUCUUCCACAGGCUCCCGAACACGGAAUGGAUGGCUCAAUUGUGCAGUUUACAAUUCAAGUUACUGCACCGAUGUCCGAACUCAAACAACAAAUCCAGGAUCGUUACGGAAUGCCUGUUGGAAAGCAGAAGCUGAUGUCUGAUGGCCUUUUCGUGAAGGAUAAUAUGAGCUCGGCCUUCUACAAUUUGGCAGAUCGGACGGCGAUUUAUCUGCAAGUGAAGGAGCGUGGAGGAAAAAAGAAGUGAUGAGCUAUCGAUUAUUUAUUACUCUUAUUAAUAUUUAUUUUCUUUCAAACUUUAUUCUAAAAUUGGACGCCAAUUUUAAUUCUUCAAAUCUCAACUUUUCUUCCAAUAAAUUUGUAAAAAAACC